CUCUGUCUGUAUGUCUCUCUCUCUCUCUAUCCCUCUCUCUCUCGCUCUCUCACGCCUCCGAGGUCUUGGAUCAUCUCACAGCAGAGGAGUUGACAGGACUGAUGCUCAUCUGACAGAUAUCAGACUCGAGAGGAUCCUCACGAUUACACACACACACACACACACACACACAUCUGACAGGCUUGGCCGAACCAGGCGUCACAGUGCUGUUUACCAGAGACAGUGUGAGGCGCAGGGGUGCGGGGCGUCCAAAGACAUGCCAUCAGUCCCAGAGCACCUGCCCCUCAGUGACUGUCCGCGCUCAUAUUCCCGCGAGCAGCUCACGCCUCGCUCCGUGAACACAGUCUUCAGCUUGGCUCACAAUGACACCUUCUGGACUCUGCAGCCCGCUGCGGGAAACUGCGAGUACUACUGGCAGGCCAUCCUCCUCAUGACGUCCGGGGGCAGCGUGCUGAUCUGCGGGAUGGUGCUGAGCGGACUUUACUUCGCUGGCUUCUCCAUGAUGGCCACCAACAUCCUGGGCCCCGCUCUGCUAUCUGUGGGGCUGAUGGUGCUGGUGGUGGGGGUGGUUUUGAUGCCCAUCACACGACAAAUGAGGCAUCAGAGUGCAACUAAACACCUCUGCAGUUACUACAAGCCUCACAUAAACAUCUGAGGAGAACUUAAUAGUUCUCUAGUAGGAUAAUUCAGUUCUCUUAAUAGUAGGAUAGUACACCCAGAAAUAAAAUUUCUGUCAUCAUUUACUCACCCUCCAUAGUGACUAAAGUUUAUUUUUUGGGGGGUGAACUAUCCUUUUAAGGCAAGA